AUGCCAUUUGGACUCCGAAACGCGGCACAAACAUUCCAGCGCUUCAACCACGAGGCCCUCUCCGGUUUGGAAUUCGUGUACGCCUACAUCGAUGACCUGCUUAUAGCGUCAAAUAGUGUUCAACAGCAUAAGCAACAUCUUCGUUCCGUAUUUCAACGCUUGAGCCAAUUUGGUUUAUGCAUCAAUGCGGACAAGUGCGUCUUAGGUGCCACUGCCGUCGAUUUUUUUGGGGUAUCGGGUCUCAGCUCAGGGCUCAGCACCUCUUCCGGACCGGGUACAAGCACUUCGCGAUUUUCCGAAACCUAA